UCACUGGUCAGGUUUACAGGAGACCAUAUUCCAGCAUAAGGGAAAGUAGAGGAGCUGCUUUCCAUGGCAUAUGUCGUGUUGUUUACCUGUAUGCAGGUCAGGUCGGAAUGCCUCAGAAACAAACAAAGGACAAGUAAUUUACCAGUGUUCACUGUUGUACAGUUUUAUGAUAAAUCCAGUGGCGACAGCAUUACAAUUCCUUUAAGGAUUUGUUUUGGUGAUGCACGCAUGCCUAUUGUAGAUGAAUAUCUAUUUUAUAUGCAUUUUUGGUCAUUUUAUUGUGGAUGGAGAUAGUUUCAUAAAUGACGAGAAAAUACUAGUGUGGACGGACAACAUUUUUGUUUAUUACUUUUUCACUUAAAAAUGGUGUUUUUAGUGUGGUCUUAGUCUAAGUGUCAGGCAAUCAAGAUGGCUUUGAUUUUUUUGAUUAACUUUCUUUUGAGUGAAUAACAUUUAUACUGUGCUGCUAGACUGGUGUGGACAGAUGCUGACGCAUAGUUGAAAAUGGCUAUUUACAUCAAGUCACGCUUCCCAUUCAACUAGAGUUUGCAUUUCACUGCCCUAUUUGUACAAAUAAAUCACUGAAGAAACUACAGUACAAACGUCCUGGCAGUGUGUGGUAUGUUUUUUAUUCAUACCCCUAUUUUGAAAUUGGGCAUAGCAAGAAUAAUAGAGGUGGAACAUGGGGAGACAACUGGCAAAUUUCAUAAAGUCAUGCCUAAUUUUUGCAUUGUCAUUUACAAUUUUGAUACUGUGUUGUAUCUUCAUAAAAAGAGUCAAGGAAAUCUGCAGCAUACUACCUAGUUGUAGUUGAAACAUAAACUUUGACAGCUGUCUAACAGUGUAUGGAGGAGAUAUUUGGAUCUAAAUGGUAGUAGUUCAUCAAACCGUUAGCUGGACAGACUGAGUUGUCUCCUCUCAUUUGUUUAAUGUAAAGUAGUUUAACAGAGGCAGCAUUUCAACAAGCUGUGUUUCUUAACCUUUAUCAGUAGUAGUAAUGUUUUCACAUGUACAGAGUACAGUGAAAUUGUUUCGUUUAAUGUCUGACAAUCAUGCAACAUGCCUCCACUCUUCAGCAACACAAUAAAUAAGAAUGUAUUAAAAAAACAGAACUUUUAUAAGAAUCUGUAAGACUAAUGAACUGCUGUCUGGUUAUUGGUCCACACCAGGCCGACUCAAAUAGUGGACCACAAGCAACCAACUAGUGGCCUAGCCCAUGGUCCCUCCAGGGCUCCAGACUUCAACUAAAACAAACGCAAAUGUGACCAAAAAUAGUUUGCCGCUUAUCAUUUCUACUUAGUUUGCCAGUGGCAGAUGAAAUCAUUGAAACUUUAAACAGUUAUAUUGUAACAGUUAUAUAUAUUUUUUUCAUUGUUGAGCAUACAGUAUGUGCCAUUACCCUAUGUGUUGGUAUGGCCCCCCCUUACAUAUUCCAGAGCCGCAUAAAGGCAGGUUUGUAUCCCGCACUGGGUGCGAGGAAGUUGCGGCGAAAAUGAUGUCAGAGGUGGAGAUGCGCAUGGGAAAAUAUUUCUCACUACAAGGCACUGCUAAGUGGAUGGUCGUGAAUUUCAACGAGAGGCUGAUUUUGCUGGAAUAAUAAAUGAAGGGCUGAAUAUGACGCAACUGGUGUCAAAACAAAAGGAGCCGUCGGGGCCCAGCCCCUCUUCUCCGUGCCGAGACGUCCAGGCUAUGGCACCAUGGGGAAACCCAUCAAGCUGCUGGCCAACUGCUUCCAGGUGGAGAUCCCAAAGAUUGAUGUCUACCUUUAUGAGGUUGACAUCAAGCCUGAGAAAUGUCCUCGACGUGUGAACAGAGAAGUGGUUGAUUCUAUGGUCCAGCACUUUAAAGUAACCAUUUUUGGUGACAGAAAACCAGUGUAUGAUGGGAAGAGGAGCCUAUACACUGCAAACCCUCUUCCUGUGGCAGCUGCAGGAGUGGAUCUGGAUGUCACACUUCCUGGUGAGGGAGGAAAAGACCGUCCUUUUAAGGUUACCAUCAAGUUUGUGUCACGGGUUAGCUGGCAUCUGCUUCAUGAAGUGCUGACAGGCCGGAGUAUGCCAGAGCCCCUGGAACUUGAUAAACCAAUAAGCACUAAUCCAGUACAUGCAGUGGAUGUGGUGCUCCGACAUCUCCCUUCAAUGAAGUACACACCAGUAGGGCGCUCCUUCUUCUCUGCUCCAGAGGGCUAUGACCAUCCUCUUGGCGGGGGCCGGGAAGUGUGGUUUGGCUUUCACCAGUCAGUGAGGCCUGCGAUGUGGAAGAUGAUGUUGAAUAUUGACGUAUCUGCAACUGCAUUCUACAAAGCACAGCCUGUGAUCCAGUUCAUGUGUGAAGUGCUGGAUAUUCAUAACAUCGAUGAGCAGCCAAGGCCUCUCACUGAUUCUCACCGCGUCAAAUUCACCAAAGAGAUAAAAGGUCUGAAGGUUGAGGUGACGCAUUGUGGAACCAUGAGGAGGAAAUAUCGAGUGUGCAAUGUUACCCGAAGGCCUGCCAGUCACCAAACGUUUCCUCUGCAGCUAGAGAGUGGACAGACAGUAGAACGCACUGUGGCCCAGUAUUUCCGGGAGAAAUACAGCCUACAACUGAAAUACCCACACCUGCCUUGCCUACAGGUGGGGCAGGAACAGAAACACACAUACCUUCCCUUGGAGGUGUGUAAUAUUGUAGCUGGACAGAGGUGUAUCAAGAAACUUACAGAUAAUCAGACCUCUACCAUGAUAAAGGCAACUGCUCGAUCAGCUCCUGACCGGCAGGAAGAAAUCAGUAGACUGGUCAGGAGUGCCAAUUACGAUGAUGAUCCUUUUGUUCAGGAAUUCCAGUUUAAAGUUCGGGAUGAAAUGGCCCACGUUACCGGGCGCGUGUUACCUGCGCCCAUGCUACAGUACGGGGGCAGGGUGAGCACAGAAUACUUUAUGAAUCGAACAGUGGCCACACCCAGUCAUGGUGUGUGGGACAUGCGAGGGAAGCAAUUCCACACAGGAGUCGAGAUUAAAAUGUGGGCUAUCGCCUGUUUUGCCACACAGAGACAGUGCCGGGAGGAGAUUCUGAAAGGCUUCACAGACCAGCUGCGUAAGAUCUCAAAGGAUGCAGGCAUGCCUAUCCAGGGACAGCCUUGCUUCUGCAAAUAUGCACAAGGUGCUGACAGUGUGGAGCCCAUGUUCCGCCAUCUGAAAAACACCUACUCAGGGCUGCAGCUCAUCAUUGUCAUCCUGCCCGGCAAGACACCCGUGUAUGCGGAGGUUAAGCGGGUGGGGGACACAUUACUAGGAAUGGCCACUCAGUGUGUUCAGGUGAAGAAUGUUGUGAAGACCUCCCCACAGACACUGUCUAACCUCUGCCUGAAAAUCAAUGUCAAACUGGGUGGGAUUAAUAACAUCCUGGUACCACACCAACGCCCCUCUGUGUUUCAGCAACCAGUUAUCUUCUUAGGGGCAGAUGUAACUCAUCCACCUGCAGGAGACGGAAAGAAGCCAUCAAUUGCUGCAGUAGUUGGGAGUAUGGAUGCUCAUCCUAGUCGCUACUGUGCCACGGUACGAGUACAGCGCCCUCGGCAGGAGAUCAUUCAGGAUCUGGCCUCUAUGGUGCGUGAGCUGCUGAUCCAGUUCUACAAGUCUACACGCUACAAGCCAACCAGAAUAAUAUUCUACCGGGAUGGAGUAUCUGAGGGACAGUUUAGACAGGUUUUAUAUUAUGAGCUGCUUGCCAUCAGGGAGGCUUGCAUCAGCCUGGAGAAGGAGUACCAACCAGGUAUCACCUACAUAGUUGUACAGAAAAGGCACCACACACGGUUAUUCUGUGCCGACAGGAAUGAGAGAGUUGGAAGAAGUGGAAACAUCCCUGCUGGAACAACAGUGGACACAGACAUUACUCACCCAUACGAGUUUGACUUUUACCUCUGCAGCCACGCUGGCAUACAGGGCACCAGCCGCCCAUCGCACUAUCAUGUUCUCUGGGACGACAAUUGCUUCACUGCUGAUGAAUUUCAGCUCCUGACCUACCAGCUGUGUCACACGUAUGUGCGCUGCACUCGCUCUGUGUCCAUCCCAGCACCUGCCUAUUACGCACAUCUGGUAGCUUUUCGGGCACGCUAUCACUUAGUAGACAAGGAACAUGACAGUGCGGAGGGCAGCCAUGUGUCUGGACAGAGUAAUGGUCGGGACCCCCAGGCGUUGGCCAAAGCCGUGCAGAUUCACCACGACACCUUACGCACCAUGUACUUUGCCUGAAAGAGAGAGAACCAAGAAUGAGGGAAAAGUUAAGAUGGAGCCUGAAUCCUCACAGGAUCAAAGAACCAAGCCACAAGCAGCCUAUAUUUACAAGAGGGUCAGUUUGAUAAGGUGCACCUUCCAGUGCUACUGUUUCUGUCACUGUGCAGACUUGUGGAGGACUCUAAAACUGGCCAGACAGGGUGGGGUGGGAUAUUGGGAAGGGUUGGGAGUGCACUUGCUGUGUCCAGACAGAACCCAGCACAAUUAUGCAAUAUGAUACAAGCCAGCUGCUGACAGGACUCUUUCUCAUCCUAUAGUUGUCAGAUUGAGCUGGUGACUUUACAAUUUUCUGAGGGUGGUUGGGUAUAUGGGGUAUUGUGCUUUUUUUUCCUGAUAGUCCCUUUUCUUUAUUCUGCCUUUACCUCAAGUUGUUGGCAGUGCAACUUUCUCUGCAAAAAAAAAAAAAAAAGUGAACGCCGAUAGAAUAAGAGAGACUACAAAAAGA